UCAAUAUUGCCUAACCAACAAAUCUCUACAUGAGAGAACCUCGUACGUGAAAUUGGAAACCCUUUGUUCCCUUCCAACAAUAUCCCUUAUUGAAACGUACUCUUGAUGCAAUUAAGGUAAUCUACUAAAACUAGUUACCAAACAUGAAACUUCCCGAAUUUUCAUAAGAUCGAUCCCUUCAACUAUAUGUAGUGGGCCUUGGCGAAGUAUUCAGCUCAUUCAAUCAUUCAUCAUCUUCUUGCAACCAUCGACUUUCUUGCAAGAAAUUAAUCUUAAUGGCUGACUACACCAAAUCGUGUAUUGUUUUGAUGUUCUUGAUGAUGGCUUUCUUGGAAGGGUCGAUGGGUGCUGUGUACAAAGUUGGUGAUUCUGCUGGUUGGACUAUUACCGGAGUUGACUAUGAAAAAUGGGCCUCUGCUCAUACGUUUAAAGUCGGUGACACUGUAGAUUUCAAAUACGACCAUCAAUUCCAUAACGUGAUGGAAGUGAGCAGGCAGGAUUUCGAGUCAUGCAACUCUAGUUCGCCAAUACUUAACUACACUACCGGGCAUGACUCGGUCAAGCUAACGUCCGGUGGCCACCAUUACUAUCUCUGUGGCAUUCCCGGUCAUUGUGCUGCCGGACAGAAGAUUGACAUCUUUGUCCGGAGCCCGAGUGACACUUGCAGACCCAAAAUUAGUCCUCCUCCUCAUCGCAGUCAUGCAUCGUCGACACCCUUCGUCUCAUUCAAGCCGUGGCGGCGUAGUGCCAAAUUAUUAGACAUGUUCCUUCUUGUUGCCUACGCAAUUUUUGCUUAGUCUCUUCAUAGAUAAGAAAAUAUAGGCUAUAUAUAGCUAGGAUAUAUGGAAAAUUCUUGUUCGAAUUAGGCUAGAUCGAACUAUAUGAAUUAUAGAGCAAACGUGGUACACUUGACAUAUGAUUGGUCACUCUGCCUAAACUGUACACUAAUCACAAGAUAAGUGUAUUGCACUUGCCAUACAAUUUAUUCAGGUCCGACCAAACUCGAUUUAGAUUAAAAUUUCCCAAGACAUAGUAAGUUUAGACAGUUCAAUUUCCUUUAACACACAAAUUCUCCACCCUCUGAUCUAUUAAUCAUAAAUAAACAACACCGCAUAGACGAUUAAAGAAAAUAAGAGCAUUUAUUUUACAUAAAAGAAAAAACAUUUUACUUAAUUUUGUAUUACACUGGCCUGGAAACAGUAACCUGAAAAUUCUAAAAAAAAAAUAAAGAAUAGAGGCAGUAUGUAAGAGAAAAAA